UCAUUUGACAUAAACGUCACUAAAGUCAAUAUUUCGUCUGUCAAGCCAAGAUUUACCAAUCAACACGUGUUUUUAUUGUUCCAACUAUAUAUUGCUUUUUUGCUAAUUAUAGAUGAAUAGAUUUAAAUAGGGUUCCAAAAUGCCUCCGUUCAGAACUGGGCUCUUAAAAAGGAAAAUUGAUUCAAAAGAGUCGAAGAAAGUACCCGAAAAAAAUACAUCAGAAGAUGAGCAGUCAGGUGAUUCUGAGGAGUACGAUCUUAUUGGCGGUGAACUAAAUGUAGAGGGCGACGACACAGACUCGGAACAUGAAGACGAAAAAGAGACCGGUUCUGAUCAGGAACAGGAUGAGGUGUUGUUCGAUGACAGCGCGGACUCGGCGCUCAGCGGCGACGAGCAGGUCGAGUAUGCAUCUGAUGAGUCCUCAGAAUUAACAGAUUCAGAAAAUGAUGAAGACUCUGAUGAUGGGUCAGCAGGUGAGAUUGAUGAUGAAAAGGAAGCCAGUGACAGCGUGGACAGUGGGGCCGAGUCUGCUAAUGGAAAGUCCAAAUCUCAGACAAAAACUAAUGUACAAGUCCAAGAGGUCACUGCAAAAACUAAGCAGAAACAGAAAGUUAAACUGAAAAAUCAGAAACAAAAGAAAACCCCCUAUGAUGACAAACAAACACAUGACAGCAUCAAUAGACUUGCAAGCACAAUAGAAAAGACAAGUGUCACACAGCCCGUGGAGCAGAAAGAUGAAUAUGAGUCUGGUGACACAUCGGACGAGGAGGAGCGGAGAAACACAGUGGGGGAUGUGCCCAUGUGGUGGUACAAUGAGUACCAGCAUGUCGGCUACGACCUGGACGGCCGGCGCAUCAUGAAGCCGCCGCAGCGCGACCAUAUUGACGACUUUCUCAAGAAAUGUGAAGAUCCCGACUUCUGGCGCACAGUGCGGGAUCCCACGACAGGGCAAGAUGUGGUGCUCAGCAAGGAGGAUCUGCAACUGAUACAGCGGUUACGCGAGGGUCGUGUGCCCAACCCUGAGCAUGAUGAAUACCAGCCAUGGAUAGAGUGGUUCAGUCGCGAGGUGAUGGCGACGCCGCUGCGCGCGUUCCCCGAACACAAGCGUUCGUUUCUGCCAUCGCGAUCUGAACAGCUGCAGAUCUCCAGGAUAGUGCACGCGCUCAAGAUGGGCUGGACCAAGACUAGAAAACAGCUCGCCGAAGAGAGAAGGAAGAGAAGGGAAAAGAAUUUCUACAACCUGUGGGGUUCAGCAACAAGUGAAGAGGAACGAGCGCAGCGCGGCAUUCACAAACACAUCCCUGCGCCGAAGAGGCCCUUACCCUCCCACGCAGAGAGCUAUAAUCCGCCGCCUGAGUACCUGCUCGAUGACAAGGAGAUGAAGGAGUGGAACAAGUUGUCGGAGACGCCGUGGAAGCGCAAGUACACGUUCCUGCCGCAGCGCUUCGGCUCGCUGCGCGCCGUGCCCGCCUACGAGCGCUUCACGCGCGAGCGCUUCCUGCGCUGCCUCGACCUCUACCUCGCGCCGCGCGCCAUCAAGAUGCGACUGACGAUCAAACCCGAGGACCUGGUGCCGAAGUUGCCGUCCCCGCGAGAUCUGCAGCCGUUCCCCACCAGCGAGGCGCUUUGCUUCCGAGGCCACACUGCGCUCGUGCGAAGCGUCGACUUUGAUCCUUCAGGACAGUAUAUCGUCAGCGGUAGCGAUGAUGGCACCGUUAAAGUGUGGGAGACGAGCAGUGGUCGUUGCCUGCGCACAGUGUCUCUGCAGGAGCCGGUGUCACGCGUGUCGUGGCUGCCGACGGGUGCGCUGACGCUAGUGGCGGUGGCAGUGGGGUCGCGAGUACUGCUGCUCAACCCCGGCGCCCGCGUCGGCGCACACCGUGCGGCGCAGCGCACCGACGAGCUGCUGCAAGAGCCGCCGCCGCAGGGAGACGUGCGCAUGGACGAGCGGACGGCGGCGUGCGUGAAAUGGGACGAAGUGUCCACUGAGGAGUGGGCCCUGGGGAUCCGCAUCGCCAUCACUCACUUUAAACCUGUCGUGCACCUGUGCUGGCACGCGCGCGGCGACUACCUGUGCGCGACGGUGCGCGACGGCGGUGCGCGCGCGGUGGUGGUGCACCAGGUGUCGCGGCGCCGCUCGCAGCUGCCGUUCGCGCGCAGCAAGGGGCUGGUGCAGUGCGCGCUGUUCCACCCGACGCGGCCGCUGCUGGCCGUGGCCACGCAGCGCGCCGUGCGGCUGUACGACCUGGUGCGGCAGCAGCUCGUGCGCAAGCUGCUCACCGGCGCGCAGUGGAUCAGCAGCAUGGCCAUGCACCCCGCCGGCGACAACCUGCUUGUCGGCUCCUACGACAGGAAGUGCAUAUGGUUCGACUUGGAGCUGUCGUCCAAGCCGUACCAGACGCUGCGGCUGCACGGCGGCGCGGUGCGUAGUGUCGCCUUCCACCGCCGGUACCCGCUAUUCGCUUCUGCCGGCGAUGACCCCUACAUCGUCGUGUCCCACGGCAUGGUCUACAACGACCUGCUGCAGAACCCGCUGCUGGUGCCGCUGAAGCAGCUGCGCGGGCCGGCGGUGCGCGACGAGCUGUGCGCGCUGGAGCUGCGCUUCCACCCCGAGCAGCCGUGGCUGCUGGCCGCCGGCGCCGACGCCACCCUCCGCCUCUACUCCUGAGCACUCCACGAUUAUUCAUAUUAAAUAUUCAUAACACAACCAGCCUUCAUUUUUGUUGCGAGGAAAUUCAUUUCGUUAUUUAAGUAUUGUACAAAACUUAAAAACUUUUUGAAUUUGGCUGUGUCAUUUAUUUUUACCAAACUACAUUAAGAUCAAUGAUAGUGAUACGGAGGUAUAAAAUAAUUGCAAUGCCUCUAUAACCUAUCGGCACAAACAUAAAAUACAAUUUCAUCAUCCAGAAAAUCUUCCCAGAUGUAUUUUGAAUCGACUCCAAAGAAGGAAAGUUAUCUAUUCCUCGUAUUUUUUUGUAUGUGUUCAGCUUAACUUUUACCCUGUGAUCCAAUUCAAAUUUUUUUUUCUUUCGAUUUUGUAUAGCUUUUAAUGGUCCCAUAUCAUUUUUAUUAGUACUUAUAGGACCUGGAACUUCCAAGAUGCAAAAGGGAAUUCCUCAAUACAAUAGAAUGAAAAUUUUUGUAUUGCGUUCAAAUAGAAGGUGGGUUUAGAAAAUAAAAACUUUGUAACAAUAAAUGAAACUGACACCAAAAACCACUAAAAACAAAAAAAAUAUAUAUAUAUACGCGUUACGGUAGUAAUUAUUAAAACAUGUAAAGUACAUUUCGUCUUUUAUGGUAUAAACAUAUUUAAAAAAGUA